AAGAGAAGCUCAGCUGUUAUGUGUUUAUACUUUUCUUGUGUAACGUAAACACUGCUCCGUCUGCAGAUGUUUGCUUCUUCCACGACUUCUCCUCGGCUACCGUCACAUGCGGCUGCAUUAAGCUGAGACUUUAAACAGACAUUUAUUUAGAUUUAUUUAUUUUUUUUUUUAGUUAUGUUUUGUAGAGUUAGACUGGCUUUGGCCACGGCGGGUUCGGUCAGGUCCUCCAGUUGUGUAAAUCCAAGGACAGUGAGACUGGUGACGCCGGGGUUCUGCAGACACCAGCGGAGGAGCCUUAACUCUGAAUCUGCAGGUGUCAGGGUGUUGUAUGAUGGGCAGUGUCCAAUCUGCCUGACGGAGAUCCGCUUCCUCCAGUUCCUGCAGAAAAAACGACCCGGCAAAGUCGAUUUUGUUGACAUCUCUAAGCCAGGCUACGACGGGGCAAAAUACAAGGACGUCAGCUAUGAGAUGGCCAUGGAGGAGAUGACUGUAAUCGAUGAGAAAGAUGAGGUGCAUCGUGGCGUUUCGGCCUUUGCAGUCAUGUACGGCGCCGUUGGCCUCGGCUGGUUGGGCCGCUUCAUGAUGUGGUCACCGGUCAGGCCGUUUAUGGAUAAAUCGUACGCCAUCUUUGCCAGGAAUCGACUUAAGUGGACUGGACGGUCAGAGGAAUGCGCCACAGGAAGCUGUAAAAAGAAACCAGUCGACUCGUGACCUCAUUAAACAAUGAACUUUGUUUAUUAAGUCAUUAGAUUAAGAUGAAUGGUUUUUAUGUUGUGAUUAACCACUGUUGUGUCAUAUAUUGUGCUACAGGGGAAUAUUAAAAGACAUGUUUGUUUUCAUUAUAAGGAGAAUUUCAUCCGGUUUAUGUGAAAACAGCUGCAAGAAUGGGAACAAAAACAAACAUGGAAAUUAGGACAGUAAGAUGUGGCAGCAUUGUUAUUAGCAGCACAGAUCCUUUCUGAGUCACAGCAGUUAAUGUUCUCAUAUUUAAUAUAUUUAGUACCACUUGUAGAGUAAGUUUUGGAUCUGUUGUACAGAGCUCGUUUUGAAUAGCAACACUAUUUUCCCAACAGCAGUUCAGUCUUGUAUUCUCGUCAUCAGCUCAGAGAGAUGUGUCCCCUAACAAACAGGCUGGUAGAUGACAAGCAGUCAAACAAACAAAGAAACGCAGCAAAAGAUGCCAGAUCAGACAAUGAAGCAAUCUGAAAGACAGACAGAAAAGGAGUUCUGCAUUAGCGGCUGUCUUAUUUUGUUAAAUGUAUUGUGCACAGAUAAGACUGAAAGUCACUGAAGCAAAAUACAGUCAAUUUCCUGCCAUA